UACUUAUUUAGAAUGAAAACUUCACGAAAACACUCAGGAAGGCUCAAUACAGCCUCUAAGACAAAGAGGAGCCUUAAAAAUAGGUUCUCAAGGAGGAGUGAUAAUCCUCAAACAAAUGUCUUGUUAAUUGAUUCUGAUUUGAAUGAGAAACUUAACAAAAUUCGAAAAUAAAAAAGCUAGGACUUUUGGGCUGAACACCUCUGCAAGAAAUUGGACUUCAGACUCGGGUAAACACAGGAGAGCUAAAGCAAUUCACUAUUCCAACAAGAAGAUACUGGAUUUAAGUCAUGAAAAAUCAGCUAAGAAUAUUUCUGGAAUAGAUUUUCUACAAAGAAGAAUUCCAAAGACAGCGGUUUCUAGAAAGAGGAACAAAAUUAAAAAUAACUUUUUCACAAAUGAACUUAAAGCUGAUAAGAAUUCAUUAGAGUCGACCCUCAGUUUCAGCACAAGAGAAUGUAAUAAAGAAGAUAAUAAAUCAAUCUCAAAAUUUGAAAUCUUAAAGAGCUCACAAAGAAAGAAGAAAGAUAUCAAUGUCAAUCUCGAAGAGAGACUCAGAUCUGAGAUGAGGAACCUCAGUGAAACUGCUUAUAACUUAUCUCUAACCUUCAGUGAAAGUGAUAAUUCCAAGCUGGCAAAAAUUUAUAAAGAUAAAAGCAGUCUCUACAAUUCAAAAUAUUUGAAUCCAAAGACACCGAUUACCCUAAGCUCAAAAGGGGUUACUUCUCCAUCAAAUAAGAUCUUUCAAGGCCCGGAAUCAGGAGGAAGAAGGAGAAGGACUAUAAUCUCUCAGUCUCUCAGACUCAAGAUGUUGGUUGAUGAGACUAUUAUGGAUGAAGAUAAAUAUGAAAAAUUGCAGAAGGAGAUCAAAGAGAUCAGACGUGCAAAACGAAACAGUAUAGGAAACGGUAUUAGCCAGAUUUUUAAUACUGUAUAGGCCAUGUGAGGUACAAUAAUUGGUUACUUCUAAGAUUGUCCAUCCAGCACUUGAUUUUUAUAUUGAACAUUUUCAUAAUAUAAGAGAUCUUUAUUACCAUAAAGUCUUAAUGUAUUGUGAUAGAUACAACCGUGAUAAUGUGUGAAUGUGGAAGGACAUCAACCAGAACAAUAAAACAGUAUAAGUUGUUAUAACUGUAUAGAAAUUAUUCAAAGCUAUCAAAGCAAGGUAUUUUCUUGAAUUAUUAUCAUAAUAGAACUAAAAAUGCCCAGAAAUAGCAAAAAGACAUUAGGUAUAGUCCUUUUACAAGAUCUCUGGAUAUCUCAAUUUUGGACUUUCUCACUAUUAAACAAUAGAAAAAGAGAAAAUGAAACAUAAGACUACUCUUCUAACUAGAUGGGAUGUUUUUCGUGAACAAAAGAGUAUUCUAGAGAAGCAUCAGAAAGCUAG